UCAUAAAGGAAGCAAUGCUUUAACUGAGUCUUAAAAGAUGCAUUGCAUUUGGUAGAUGGAAAAAUGAUGAAGCUACUGCUCGGCACAGAAAGCAGUGAGCAAAGGCCCGGAGAGGCGAAUAGGAAGCGGCCUUCGGGAAAUGGCAAGCAGCUUAGCGUGGCUGAGCAUAAUAUCCCAGGGAUUCAGUGAGUCCAGGUUUAGAUGAAGGUCUUUUAAUGCGACAUGAAAGAGUUUAAUUUUUUCUUAUAAGUGUAUGUACCGUACAGCACACGACAACCCCCAGGCGACAUCUAUUCCCAGGGGUCCUUUGCCUGCAGCGGAAGAGUGGUGCCUGCGCACGAUCUUUGCUUCAGCUGCAGGGGGAGGUCUGAUGGAGCCUUUGCAUUCGGAGGGUCUCUGGAGCCUGGGAGGCCCCCGAGCACCAUUUCCUCAUCUUAUUAACUACUCUGUAAAGUUACAUGCUGUCCAACAUAAAAUUUCAAAUGAAGAACCAAAUGGUUGUGGUUACAACCGAGACAUCUCCUCUCUCCAUUUUGAAUGUCUUUAUUCAGAUUGGCUUCAGGAAAUAAAAGAAGAAGCGUGGUCUUACAGAAUGUGUGCCUCACCCCGAGCCUUGUCAUGCUCCUUCUCCCUGGGAAACUGUGAUACAGAUAAAGCAGAGGACGCUCACCAACAAAGUGAUGAUGGGAAUGCUUUGUCCUCUGAGUGCAGUAAAAGGAGAGAAAAUACAGAUCACCUGGGAAUGCCCAUAACAAUUUCAAGAAUAAAGAAUGUCCCAUAACA